AUGAUGCGCAGUUUGGCAUCCAGCCGUUUGGAGGAUAUUCGUGAUGGUCUCAAUGAGGAACUUGAAGAAAUGCCAGAAAAAAGGCCACGACUGGAUGAUGACAAGUUAUCCAACGAUAGCGGAAAUGAGGAUGGAUCCAGUGAAGUUACAACUGCUGUUGUAAAGGUAUGGAUAUUCGGGGAUUUUAAACUGCAAUCACUUGGGUUUCAUUAG